GUUCGUUCUCAUGCCUUGACAACACGUAACGCUUACGCAAUGACCUAGAAGAGGUAGUUUAGAGGCGAACCCAAGAGUUUGGCACGCGAGUUCUAUGGGACCGAUCGUGGAGAUUCGGGAAAAGUCCAGGUCGUCGCUGCCGGGCCUAUGGAAGUACCCGUCCCUCCGCGAUGGGCCUCUCCACACGGGAGGGAUGUGGCUUCAGGGCCGGCGGGAGGAUGAUGGUGCGGAGGGCCUGUGGCGCGUCCACGACCGCCUCUACGACCUGUCCGGCUGGGAAAAGUCCCACCCUGGUGGCGCGGACUGGAUCACACUCACCAAGGGAACGGACAUCACCGAGGCUUUCGAAGUACACCACAUCCGCAACGUCGCGGACGCCAUGUUGAAGCAGUUCUACGUCAGGGACGCGAGGACACGACGAAACUCACCCUACACUUUUAAGGAGAACGGUUUUUAUCGCACGCUCAAGACUCGAGCACGUGAAGCAUUAGCGAAUGAAAAAUACGUCGGAUCAACAGGUACCAUGUACUCUAAGCUAUUGGCCGACACGCUGGUGACGUCAAUGCUCGCGCUGAGCGUCGUGGCCGCCUGGACACACAGUUUCGUGGUGGCCAUGUUGGCGGGCCUGCUGCUCGCCUUCACCGCCAUCUGCGCCCACAACUUCACGCAUCUCAAGGACAACCUGCGGAUGUACUACUUCGACUUCUCGAUGAUGUCAUCCAGAGAUUGGCGUAUCAGUCACGUACUGAGCCAUCAUUUGUACACCAACACUCUUCUCGAUCUCGAGGUAUCCAUGUUUGAACCAUGGUUCAAAUUCUUACCAUUUGAGGAGAAGAACUUUUUUACUCGUUAUGUCAGUUGGAUUUAUUCUCCUAUCGUGGGGGCGAUUAGUUUCCAUGUUUGCUGUAUAUCCAGGGUGGUUGACAGAUUUAGAGGCAGCAAACUUGAAAUGAGGAAAGCAGACCUUAUCCCACUGAUAAUACCUGCGUCGAUGGUCUUCAUUGCUGGGUCAUCAUUGCUGGAAGCGCUUUACAUGUGGACGUAUAUUACAGUUUGUGGAAGUCUGUUUUUCAUUUUUAUCGGACUUACUGCAGCUCAUCACCAUCCAGUGAUCUUCCACGAUGGAGAUACUCCACGGGCUGAUCUGGAUUGGGGUAUUCAGCAGCUGGAUGCUGUAAGAGACCGGCCUGUGAUAUCCAGCUCGGAUAUUCUAGCGCUUACGUUCUUCGGGCAUCACGGCUUACAUCACCUGUUCCCUACAGUUGACCACAGGAUCCUGCACAAGCUGUACCCUGCGUUCCAGAAGACGUGCGCCGAGUUUGGCAUCGAGUACAAUGAUAUCAGCUUCAGUGAACUGGUCCGAGGCGCAUAUUUACAGGUCGCGAGAACAAAGCCCAACACCGUUCCUCCUGGUUCAGGAAAGCACUAAUACCACCGAAAUCCUAAGAUGUUGUCUGAGUAAAGCCCUAGAGGGGAAAGCACUAAUACCACCGAAAUCCUAAGAUGUUGUCUGAGUAAAGCCCUAGAGGGGAAAACACUAAUACCACCGAAAUCCUAAGAUGUUGUCUAAGAACAGCCCUAGAGCGCCUUUAUUACCUGGGUAACACUGUGUUAUUUUCAUAGCUGUGACUGUCGAAGAAAACAUGGAGCGUGUUAGUAUGAUAAUUUAGUCCACGACACUAUACAGCAUUUUCUCUUCUCCUUAUUAGCGUAAAAUGUAUCCCGGUUUGAAAGAGGAAUGAAAAAAAUGUAUAUUUGCUAAAAGCAUUGCGUGAGACUGAAAUAUGUAAUGAUAAUGUGAUUCAAAUAUCAAGUCGUUUGUUAAAACUGUAAAUAUGUUUUACAACCAACAUAAAAAUGUUAAGUGCUGUCAACUAGAGCACUAGCUAUAUCAACUCGAGUGUUGGUAAAAUAACGUUCUCGACCAUCUCUUAAAAAAUGGAAAUCCAUAUUGGUACACCUAAUCGUAUAAGCAGUUGGCCAUCCUACUUUUAGUUGCAGUUCAUCAGUAUCAAUGGAUGCUUACUUUCUCAGCUUUACUAUUCAUUUAUUCUUAUCAUCCCACUCACGUGUCUAGUAAGAGCAGUGACUGGUACGUUUUCAUCGUAUAUUUAGGAAGCGGCUGUGAAUGGGUCACUGGGAUUUCAAUAAAGCUUUGUUGAUUUUUA